CGCGAAAAAGUGACUUAUUGUGUACGACAGCAUUCGAUAAAAGGAAACAAAGAACGAGCAUUACAAAGAACAAGAUAGAAUUAGAUAAAGAAAAGCAGAAAAGGAAGAAAAAUGUGCGAGGAACAAAAGGAAAACGUGCCAACCAAUGGAAAUGUCUCGUUUGAUCACGAUGAAUAUCAGUAUUUGAAGUUAAUCAAAAAUAUCAUUGAAACCGGAAAGAAGCGUUCAGAUCGCACCGGCGUUGGUACCGUAUCAAUUUUUGGUGCCCAAAUGCGAUUCAAUCUACGCAAUGAUGUUUUCCCAUUACUGACGACGAAGCGUGUGUUUUGGCGUGCCGUAGCCGAAGAAUUGUUGUGGUUUAUCAAAGGUAGCACCAAUGCAAAGGAGCUGCAAGACAAGAAUAUUCACAUCUGGGAUGGUAACAGCACCCGUGAAUUUUUGGACAAAAUGGGUUUCGUGGAUCGUGAAGAAGGCGAUUUAGGUCCAGUGUAUGGAUUUCAGUGGCGUCAUUUCGGUGCUGAAUACAAAACAUGCCACGAUGAUUACACGGGCAAAGGAAUCGAUCAGCUGAAUGAAGUUAUCGAGCGUAUAAAAACAAAUCCAUAUGAUCGCCGCAUCAUCAUGUCUGCUUGGAAUGUGGUUGAUCUGCCAAAAAUGGCACUCCCACCAUGCCAUUGCUUUGUUCAAUUCUAUGUGUCCGACGGUGAAUUGUCGUGUCAAUUGUAUCAACGCUCGGCUGAUAUGGGUCUCGGUGUUCCAUUCAAUAUUGCCAGCUAUGCACUACUCACGUGCAUGAUUGCUCAUGUCACUGGAUUGAAACCAGGCGAUUUUGUUCACACUCUCGGCGAUGCCCACGUCUAUUUGAAUCACAUCGAUCCACUGAAGCAACAGAUAAUCCGUACACCAAAGUCAUUCCCAUCGCUUCGCAUCAAACGUACCGUUGAUCGCAUCGAAGACUUCACGUUCGACGACUUUGAAAUCGUUGGCUACGAACCACAUCCAACAAUCAAAAUGGAAAUGGCCGUUUAACAAAUCUUUUCUUUUUAAAUGAAAAAUCUCUCUUUCACUUUCUUCAAAAGAAAAAAAAAGGUCUUUUACGAUAAGCGUUUAUUACGAAUUUAUUUCAAUUUUAACGAAUAUAUACCGAAUACGCAGUAUUUUCUUACAAGUUGUCAUACUUAUUUCAAGUUUAAUAAAGUCUUAUUUAAAAUGAAGAACAGAAAAAAA